AUGGCAUCCCCCAGUCGCACCCGUCCUGAUGCUAUUCCUGUUCCUCGGUGCCCUGUCAUUUUCAGUGGCACAAAUUGGGGUGACUUUGUUUUCCAUCUGGAGGUCCACAUGGAUGGGCAGCUAUUGUGGGGCUACCACACGGGUGACCGGAUCUGUCCUCCUUGUCCUAUUCUCCCCACGCCACCAGCAUACCAGCCACAUGCUGAUGAUGAUGCCAAGAUUGCUUUACUUGAGGCAUUUGAGGCUCAGAUGGAGAGCUACCAGUCUAAUCUUGGUGUCUAUGAGACUUGGCUGCGCGAGGAGAAAUCUGCUAAGGCCAUAUUACUUGCAAGCAUGGAGGUCGAUCUUGCACGGUCCCUCAGAGGUCUUGCCACUUCACACCUUAUGUGGGAUCACCUUCGUCGCAAUUACGAGAUCCGUAACGAAGCAACGUACCUUGCUGUUGUUGAGGAGGCUCAGUCACUUCAUCAGCUUGAUUCUACACUUGAGGACUUCCAUCAUCAGAUGCUAGACGUCUAG